CAGCACUAUUGCGUCAGGACCCCGUUGACCAUUUUCGGUGUUUGCACUUUGUACCAGCAAAAGCUCAGGGCCACAGGAGAUGCACUGUUAAAUCUUGGCAGCUCUCGGGCUCAGAGAAAAAUGAGCGGUCACUCUUCCAAUGAAUGUGAGGGUGAAACGCAGCAUGCAGCACCCAAAUGGAAACGGGCUUCAGCUGAGCCUUCUCCAGCGCUGUCUGUGAACAAGUCGUUGCCGAAGUACCCAGCGAAAAAGUCUGCUCCAAUGAGUGUCCCGCCACAGGAUCCUGGGAGGAAGCGGGUGGCCGACCAAGAGAAGAAACUGAUGGAAAUGAAGGACGUUACCCGCAUCCACUGUUGCAAUUUACACGGGAUUUUCUUCUUUAAGAUUCUUUUCCAGGAGCACUUGGAACGAGCUGAGCGAAACGUAGCUCCCAAGAAAAUGCCGGUGCCACCAGCGGUUGUGGAGCCAACGGGUGUGAACCCGCCCAGUCCAGUGGCAGCAAAGGCGUUGCCUCCUGAAACCUCCACGCCUCCAAGUGGAGGCGCGCGAAUGGCAGCACUGUUCGAGUACCUUGCCCACCGCCGAAGCCGGCUGUGCUACCGGGUCCAUGGAGGCACCGCUGCCGAGGUUUUAAUUUUGCAAGCAGAUCGAUUUCAUGGUCAUGGCAUGAUGUCAUGGCAAUUAGCCUGCAUGCAGACCUCCUCCGCCGCCUCCAGCAGUGAAGUGGUGGACUUAGCGGAAAAGUCCAUGUUUCGCGUUGCUUCCUUCUCAGCACAAGUCGUUGCUGCCAGCUUUGCACAGCCAACUUUGCUUGUCUUGCAGGCGCUUUUCGGAGACAUCGGUGGUGGAACGGGUCAGCAUCAAGUGCCCCGUGCCAUCUCAACUGUGGGCUUUUCCUUUGUGAAAGCCUUCUCGAAAGAUCUGUUUGGAUCCAAGAAGCCCGCCUCUUUGAAAGACGUGGAAUUGAACCCGCAGGCAGUAUUUGCAGUCAUGAGCGUCAGUCCGAAUGGGCGGCUGAGUGAGGAGGUCCUGGCCCACUCCAUAGAAGGCUUCUACACCCAGAGUUCUUUGAUUCCAGCAGGAAUUGCCAUAGAAGCUUUGGCCCCAUGGUCUGCCAAGAUGGCCUGUGGGCUACGCAAAUGUGUGGAGAAGUUCCGCAAAAUUUACCGCGAGAGACCUGGCAAGUCCAAGAGCGAGAAGCUCACUGCGCUGAAACUGCGCAUGAAGAAUGCCAAAUGUGAGCCAUCUCCUGACGCUCAUACUGGCGUGGAGCUGGAAGAGGACGAUCUGAAUGAGGUGGUCCAGCCGCACUGCCAAGCCAGAUUUGCUCGCAGCAACUACCAGCUGCCGGACUUUGUGGUCACCAGUUUGGCAAACCAGGCUGCUGACCCACCGGAACCUUUUGCAACCAAAUCCGGGGAAGACGGCCAGCUGGCUGAGGCUCAGGCGGGUGAGGCCAAGACAAAAAAAGCACCGAAACGGAAGGCGAAGAAGAACAAGAGUGGCCGCAAGAAAUCUGUGGUAGCUGGCCCUGAAGAGGAAGCAGCAUUGGCACUUCCUUCAGGAAUCUCUGCUGGGGCAGUUGCUGAAGGGCCAAGAGUGGAGUCAAGUGGCUCUUCCGACCAAGCGUUGGGCACUGAGGGUGCGACAUACCAGCCGAGGGUCUUUAGCAAGGCUCGACUGGCGUACAUUGCUGAGAAGAGAAAGGAUGGCGCGACCUUCAAGCAGGCCAGUGGCAUGUGGAUGGCCUCCAAUGAGAGAGCCACCUACUUGGCGACGUUGUAUAUGACUUUUGCGAAUACUUCUGUGGAGAGCAUCGUGUCUCGACUGCUCUCCGCCAAGUCUGGGCCCAAACGCAAGUUUUGCACAUCGUUGGAAAGGUGUGCAGGAACGCAUGGGCGUAGCCUCAUUUUCCCCUUGGGAAACCAGGGAUACCGCUUCGUGCGGGAAGGGGCCUACCACGAACGCUUCGGAACUUUUCUGGCGCAGCUGAUGAGAGACAUGGACACCACCUGGGAGGACAUAGACUUUACAGAUGCUGACAUGUGGUCAGAUGCUGGCCUUUUGGUGCUCGCUCGUGUCCCGUGCCUCCAUAAAGCCUGUGUGGCGCCCAUGUCCGUCGAGGAGGAAUUUUUGCCUCUCUAUGAGGAGUUGUUGAAGACUGGCCCGGUCGAUGCUCCGCGGCUUGCAGAGAACACUGGGCUGGAGCCUGAAGAGGCCGACCUGGUCUUGAAGUGCAUAGCUGACUACUUGGAGGAGCACAACCAGAAGCCCCCCAUGAAGAGGCCUGCCAAGAGCGAGCCCAAGGCCAAGCAGUCGGCCGCCAAGAGGAAAGCGAAGGCCGCUCCUGUUUUGGAGGAAGCUCCCGCAGCAGGGUGUGCUGAGACACAACUGGACCGACAAGACACUCAAGCAGUUGACACGGAAGAGAUGGCAUCUUCGCCUGCUGCUGACACCUCCGCUGGAGUGGAUGACGAUGCCAGUGAGGUGCCUGACAAGAGCCCUGCCACCACGGUGCCUGGAGACCUUAAGGAUCCUGAUGACACGGUGAAGGACGAGCUGAAACACCAGGGGACUCAGAGGCACGGGCAGCCUGAUGUCGGAUCUCAGUUGGAGCUUCCGCGCGUUGCAGCUGAAGCGUUGUCUGGCCUUCCCGAGGGACAGCUUCCAAACAGCACAACACACAAGAAGCAAUGGAAUGUUCUGGUCCGUGUGGCCACGGGUCCCCGCAGCACCCAAUUUCCAGAGAUAGCGCAAGUCUUUACGACUGGCUCCAGGAUUCAGCAGAGGGAGUGUUUGCAGAGGUAUCUGCAAAAGGGCGAGAAUUUGGAGCAGUGUGAAGGUACUUUCACUGCGGAGAAAGAAAGUGCAACGGAGAUCCGCGGAAUACGAGAGCAACUGACAAUCAAGGCCGACCCUGACGCCCCGAACUGCAUGGAAUCUAUGAGAUUCUGGUGUUUUGUUCACAAGAAAGAAGAAAAUUUGGAAGCUACUCGGAUGAAGACAGCCGUCCAAACACAUGUCGACCCCAGCCAUGUGUUGCAAGCCUUGACUGCUUCGGCUCCGUCCUUCUUGAACAGAGUGCCAGAUGUGACAGCUCUGCUCAAUUCUCAGCCGGCUCUGGCACCUGCUGCGGCGCCUCAAGCACCCCCGCCGCCCCCUUCAAACCGACGAGGUGCUGCGAAGGCAAAGACACAGCCGAAGGCCAAGGGAUCUGGACCUCUGGGGUUAGCCUUGGCUGGAAAAACCCUGGCGGAGAAGAUCCAAUUGGCACGUGCUGCUCUGAGCUUGUGCACCGAGUUGAAGAAGGAGCUGGGCAGCCUUAAUAACCUUCAGGUGGACCUCAAGGGCAACUCUGCGGCGCAUCCGAAGUUUGCUGCAGGGCUGGACGAGCUGGUGGUUCACUCCGACAACUUGACUGACCUGUUCACCAGGCCAGCAACAGAAGCAUGCAUCUUGCACGCUCGAGCAGUUUCAGCGGCAGGGUUGGAGACUGAUGUCGACUUUGACCAGUGGCUGCAAGAUGCUGCUGAUGAGGUCACCAAUUCCCGGCUGAAGCGGGCGGAGCUUGGAGCUGUUCUGAAAGAGUUCAAGAAGAUUGCAGGUGAGGUUGGGGAUGGCAAAGCUUCAAUCAGCUUGGCAUCCCGCCUUGGCCAAGCUUACCAAUCGACUGUGCAGUUGCGGAUCCGGGACCUUUACUUGAAGUUGGCAAAGCCCUGCACCCAGCGCAAUCCCUUUGCUGCUGCUUUCAAGCCGGUUUUGGAAUUUUUGCUUCAUGAG